CAAUCGUUUGUCAGUUGUUUGUUUGUUUAUUUUAAUUCGAAAUGUAUGUUGUUAUGGCUUACUAAUACAAAACCCUGAUUAUUGCAUUUAUAAAAAGUAACAUUAUGGUUACCCGUAAGCGAGGUAUUUGAACAAUAGCUAAUAAGAAAAUAUGAUUCUCGUAUUUCUACCAAAUAUGACUGGCUGCUGGAAAUGCCACCACCAAUUAUUUACACUACUGUCCCCAAUCUACCGCUGUUUUUAAAUGAUAGAAGCUCGUAUGUUGUGGAAAUCUUUAAGACGAAACUGAACCUGGACGAGUACUCCUCGAUGCCACAAUCAUUGGCAGAGGACGAGGUUCCUAAACAAAGCAAACGAAAGACAAAGAGAAGAUGCAGCUCUGCAAACCAGACACAUGAAGAAAGGAGAAAUUCUAGUAGAGAAGAUAGCCCAGUUCGUGAUGUAUCUCCGGGGUGCAACCGGCAUCGACAUCAGAAGCAGAAGCUGCAUAAAGUCAUGGUUCACGCAACUGCUGAAGGACCAUUAUCUCCCACAGCUGGAUCACAGCGCACUCAUGUGGAUGAAAAGCAGUAUGAAGCACUGGUCAAAGAGGUCCAAAGGCUCACAACUGAGAAUCAACAACUGGCACAGAAGGCGGCUAUUACUGAUUCUGGACAUCAGCUAUAUGAAGAAGCCUUUCGCAGGAAGAAUGAGCAAAUAGCAUCUUUACAGGCACGCCUCAGUCGGUAUGAGAAACACAAGCAAGAUUUGGAACGACAGCGAGACUCACUGCGAGAGCAGCUGGAGGAUACUCGCCAAAAAAUGGAGCAGUCAGUUUUUGAAUCUACACAGGCAAAAGAGUCAGAGGACAUUUCCAUGCUGCAGGAGCUGGUGGUCAGGCUCAAUGCAGAGCUUGAACGUUACCAGCAGAAAUUCCACAAGCUAGGUGUGGAAAUACCAUCACAGCGACAAGACACACCACAUCCUCCAAGGGAUGUAUCCCCUGAGACCUGGGCUAAGGUUAGCCAUGGUCUGCUGGGGCCUUUGCUGAAAGCAUACUCAGAAACUAUCCAAGAAAAGGAUGAUCUUGCACGCAGUUAUGAAAAAGACUUGGCACAACUUAAUGCUCAUUGCAGAGACCUUGUUUCAGAAAAUGAGCAGCUGUAUGCUGAACUUGAUGAAACUACUAGAAAGAUGAAUACUGCUGCAGCAGAGGCAAAAAUCCUCCAGCAAGACACUGCUCUUGUACAAGAGCAGAAUGAGUUGCUGACAGGACAGCUUGAUGUACUUAAACAGAAGCUACAAGAGAUCCAUACUACAUAUCAACAGAAAGUUGCAUCAUUGACACAUGACCUGGAGGAAGUCUGUCAGAAAUACCACAGUUGCAGAGGAGAUUUAUUGACAUUACGUGGACAGCACUCUGUGCUGCGAGAGGAAUAUGAUCGCUUGAAAUCUGACCUAGAUGGAAGAGUACCAUUCUCUGUGCACUCUGCAUCUGUGUCCGAGUGUCGUAGGUUGUUUGAAGACCUACGUGCGAGGUAUGAGACUGACCGCCAGCUUCUUAAUUCAAGAGUUCGCGAAUUACAGCAGCAGAUAGGGCAUAUGGAAGGACAAAUCACUCAAGGCCAAGCAGAGAAGGCACGAUUGCAGACUCAGGUUACAACAGCAGAGGCCUCCAUCAGGGAAAUAGAAACCCAGUUAGCAGAAGCACAAGCUGAGUUGGUCACUACCCAGGCAGCACGGGAUGCAGCCAGGCGGCAGCUUAAUAAAGCCAUGAAGUUUGCUGAGGAAUUGGUUGCAGAGCAAGAGUCACUGAUGCGGCAGCUGCAGCGCAAGCAACAGGAGACUCGCUCAAUGGCUGAAAUUGGUUCCACCAUUGUCAGCCGUAUGGGGUCACUUAAAGAUAAGCUUGAGUCAGUCCAGAAAGGAGCAUGGCAGGAACUUGACCACGUUGAACAACGUAUAAGGCAGCAGCAAGAAGGAGUUACACAAAUGAAGCAAGACUAUCAACGUGAGUUAAUGAGAUUACGUACAUUGCUGCAACAAAAGGAAACUAUCAUCAGCCAGCUGCAGUUUGAAAAAAGCAAAGCAGAAGAAAGCCUGGAACUGAUAUGGCAGAAAGGAAACACAGACAACUCCCCAAAAGAUUCCUUGAAACAUGUCAAUUUCCUUCCUGAUACAGAUGAUGCUUUUCAUAAUAGUAACAGUUAGCUGUUAUAGCUCUCAUAAUUAUGCUUUGUUUGUAUCAUAAUAUAGUCAUAAUAAAAAUGUCACAUUCGCUUUUACAUCCUAGUCAUUUUAAGAUUUGUGACAUUCGAGUGAGCAGUUAAGCACAGUGCAUUUUGUUGUGAAAAUCUUAUACCAAAGAAAAUAAGGUUUAUUUAAAUUACUUGUUUACAAAUUUGAAUAUUUCAAGCUCUAUG